UCGACUGAAGUAACGUUAUGCUACCGAGUGUUUAGAUGAAGACGCUUUCAGGUGCGUAGAGCAGUUUUGCGAGCAAACGCAGGAUAAAGCGAGGCGAUCCGUACUUUUGCGACGUACUCGUACAGGUGUUAUACUCAAUGGAUGGAGGAUGGCUUCUUACACCUUCAGAUGCGUUUCCUUCGACGAAUUUCAAAAUUGCUGAAGAUUCUUAAUUCUAUCAACAUGGCCAAGCAUAAUAUAACUUCUCAUUGGCAAGGCAAUACCUGGAACUGCCUGCCGGUUCAACAUACAGAACUGUGAGCUUACAGACAACUGUUGUGGCAAAAACACAAAUCUUACUUGGAAACACGUGCAAAUAUAUUCAAAUAAAUGAUCAACAAUAAAAUCACACCUGAUCAAAAAAUAAAUCUAGCAAUCUUGACUGUGACUUUGAUUGAUUUUCACCUUGUUCUCUAAUGAGAGCCAUAUUUGCACACUGCUGCACGCCACCAUGACCAAUGUUACAGUUUUCUCUGCAAAUUUCUCCGGUGGCUCAGAAUCGGGUAAUUUGUAUCGGCCAUUUUCUGUCUUCAGCGUACUCACCCUUACAUUGCUGGCCAUGCUAGUAGUGGCCACUUUCCUCUGGAACCUUCUCGUGUUGGUGACCAUCUUGAGGGUGCGCACAUUCCAUCGCGUUCCCCACAAUCUGGUUGCCUCCAUGGCCAUUUCAGAUGUGAUGGUUGCAGGACUGGUCAUGCCUCUCAGUCUGGUUAGGGAGCUCUAUGGUCGUCGAUGGAUUCUGGGACGGGCCUUGUGUCAGGUCUGGAUCUCCUGCGAUGUGCUUUGCUGCACGGCCAGUAUCUGGAACGUGACAGCCAUUGCCCUAGAUCGCUACUGGUCCAUCACACGGCACCUGGAAUACACGCUCAAGACGCGUAAGAGAAUCUCCAAUGUGAUGAUAGGCCUCACGUGGCUACUGUCCUCUGUUAUCUCACUUUCUCCACUUUUUGGUUGGGGUGAGACCUACUCAGAGGAGAGUCUGGCUUGUCAAGUAAGCCAGGAACCUUCCUACACAGUUUUCUCUACCUUUGGAGCCUUCUACUUGCCCCUCUGUGUGGUUCUUUUCGUUUACUGGAAGAUCUACAAGGCUGCCAAGUUCCGCAUUGGCUCUCGCAAGACCAACACCAUCACACCCAUGGCUGAGGUCAUUGAGGUGAAAGAGGCAGAACGCCAGCCGCAGAUGGCCUUCACAGUUCGCCACGCCACCGUAUCGUUCCAGACGGAUGGCGAGACGUGGAGAGAACAGAAAGAGAGGAGAGCGGCUCUGAUGGUGGGCAUCCUGAUUGGCGUGUUCGUGCUCUGCUGGAUUCCUUUUUUCCUUGCCGAGCUCAUCAUUCCGCUGUGUUCAUGUGAUAUCCCCCCUGUCUGGAAAAGUGUCUUUCUCUGGCUGGGAUACUCAAACUCUUUUUUUAACCCUCUCAUCUACACGGCAUUCAACAAGAACUAUAACAAUGCUUUCAGAAACCUUUUCACCAGACAACGAUGAGGAACGGAAGGACGAAAGACCGGACCGAAAGCCUAGAGGUUUCGUGAAUGGAAAGCGAGACGAAUAGAUGACCUCUACUCAGUUCAGAGACAGAUGGGAAGAUUCACAACACAAGUGCAUGAAUGAGUUUAACCUCGGUUCAUAGAGGAAGAGAGGCAAAUGACAGUGAAAUUGCGUCCUUGUGAUGUCUCUAAUUAGUAAAAGAGUAAAAAUCUAUUUAUAGAUUAUAUAGACGGUUAGAAAAGGUGGAAACCAUCUGUAAAUCAGCAGUGCGCAAGUCUGUUGAAAAGUGCUAUGUUCUGAUGUGUCUUUUAGCAAAACGGAACCACUGAUUGUUAAACACAUCCAACAAUAGACAUCAACAUCGAUGUACUCGUGAGAGAAAAACCAUGGCUGUUUUCCAGUGGGUGACAAAAAUUACAACCUUUCACUCCAUCCAAAAAGUCUUGGCUAAAGGGAAAUUUAACAUGGGCACUUAAAGACUACAAUGCCUUAUUUUUCAUUUAAUUAAUUUUUUCUUAUGAGAAAAGUCAGUGUGUAAAAGAUGAACAAGGACAAUAGUAUGAUUUUAGAUGAGGAAGUGGAAAUUAAGUGAAGUGACAUCCUGUGGAGCAGAAAAUAUGAGCACACACAAAAAAAGAACAACCCCAUGGACCUUUUGGAUAAAGAAGAUUGUUAUCUCCUUUCAUGAAGGCUUUUGUUGGCAGGCAGAACAUCUUAGCAUUUAUGUGCAGUCUGUAUCAUGAAUGGAUCUUGGUGCAAAGUAAACUGAAAAAAAAUUACAUCACACCAAAUGUAAACAUACCUGAAUAUGUGACAGUUGUCAAAAAAAAUGGCUGUAUUGAUCAUGCAUUCAAGGUUAUUAAAGAUGAAGAAAAUUGGCUUUUAAGGAUCAUUGGUUUAUGUGAGGAAUCAAUAAAUGAGGCAUGUCAAAUUUUAGCCUGU